UAAACCGGCGUUGGUUAUCAGACGUCGGCUGAAGUCGGCCGGAGUUUCGUUUAUAGAUGCGAGUCAAUGCGAGUCGAGUGUCGGUCGAUACACAGACGUCGAUUUCGUAGUCGUAGUACAUGACACGUGGGCGCGAGAGCUGUCAUUCAUAAAACCACGCAUUAUACUUGUGGUAAAAUGUACCGUUUAGACCAGAAGCUGUGUAGGAAUUAACAGUGACGGUGGUGCAUUGCUUACACGGUUGCCGAAAAGUGUGUUGCCGAGAAGCGCAUGUUGUUCACUUCGAAGUUCGAUCGGUCUGAGGACAGAUGGGAGAGAGUCCUUGAAAGGGGAUGCUCUGAAUCGGUGUGUCAGUGCGCUUGUACAAGGGUGAAAGGCCAUUCAAGCAGCUCGAGACAUGACGAAGUACUGGCUGAACGUGGCCCUCCUCAGGGUCGUUCUACCAGUGAUUUUAGCCGGAUGUACAAUAUGGCGACCAACAGGAUUGUCAAUCGUGUACUUGAUUCUGAUGUUGUAUUCUCCAAUGGUUCCAAUACCGACGCACAGAACCAAAGCAGGCCACGCAGAUGUAUAUCUGAAGAUCUGCGUCGGUCUAGCUUUUAUUAUAGCUGUAGCUCAGAUCAUCUUUCACAUUGUUCUUCUGUCACUGCCGCCAUACGGAUACUUUCUGCAAAACUGCGAAUUUAUAGAGAAGCUCUUCAGACACAUUGGCUUUGUCAGAUUAGAUAGCGCAUCAGUAUGGGAAGUGUUUUAUUGGCUGGCGCCGGAAUUCAUAGUUUUACCUACCGUGCUCAUUGUGUAUUUUAUAUGUCGUUUCCUUACGCAAAAACGUAACAACGAUGAAGAGAACGAGCCGUCGCUUCGCCAGGAAAAUAAUUCUCAGCGAAAGAAAACAGAAGAUAGAACUACAAAGAUAAUCAACUUCCUGGGACGUAUCGGGACCUACGUUGUCCUAGCAUCGUUAUGCUGCGCCGCGGCCCUGAAACCGUCGAUAGAAGCGGCCUUCUACUUUCUGGUGUUUCUCGGCGCCGCCACGUGCUGGGCCUGCAACAGAGAUUUGCGAAAGGGUUUCGCCGUGAUCUGCAGGAUCGUUAUGGUCGUUGUGAUCGUACAUAUCUUGGCAUUGCUUGCCUAUCAGAAUCAAUGGCCGCAGGAGAUCAUUCCCAUAGACAGUCCUUGGUCGCGUUACCUGGCUCUAGCUGCGGUAUAUCGCACCAACUGUACCGAUCCGAGAGACGUGGAGUACACAACUGACGCCGAUUGGCUGACUUACGGAUACGCUUUGAGACUCUUUUGGCUGUACUAUGUCCUCGCGUUGCAAGCCCAAUUUCUCAACAAGAAACCGGCAAAGGAAGUGAAACUAUUAGGCGGCAAACUGGAGAAUCUGGACACUCCCUUGUCCAGGCACGUGUCCAUCCGACGCAGGACACCUUCCCAAAGAUGGCAAUCGGCACGGCGUAAGGCUCGCCCGGUCGUAGAUUCGUCGUUGCCAACGAUCGACGAGCGAACGCCUCUGAUGCGAUUUGGAUCUGGAAGGACGGGGCUUCUUCAGGAUUCCACUACCGGAAGUAUUAUCGUCGCUCAAGAUGGCCAUCAAGAUGAUAGCAUACAAAUGCAAAGUCUUAGUGAAGGAGCGCCCGAUGACACACCAGGUAUCGUCGAGCAAAUAAUCAUGGCAGUGUUUUCUAUUUUCCAAUUAAUAGUAAACUCAUCGUACCUUGCUACGAACAUAAUAAUGAUGACAUGGAGUAUAAUGUAUCACAGCUGGACAACGUUCGUUUUACUUCUGUGGGCUUUGAUUUUAUGGAUGGUUCCCAAUAAACGCGCUUCCAUGAUGAAGUGUUCGCCCUUCAUCGUGUUCUAUGCGACUCUUCUGCUUCUUGGACAAUACGUUUACAGCAUGGAUUUGACUGACGAGGAAUUGCCGAGAGUGAUAAGCGGUGUCACUAUGGCCGAAAUUGGCUUCAGUAAAGCUGACGAACUUGGUCGCUGGCAUUUAAUAGUUAAGUGUUUAUUUAUAUCAAUGUUUUGGAUUACUAUGAGACAAUACAUGGCGGAACGAAAACGGCAACGACGAUCUUCCACCCUGAGAGAUAUGGUGGCGCCGUUACACGUAUCUGUUUCGACGGCUACCACCGCCAUGAGUCAAGAUGCGCCGGAAAUAAAGAGUAAAUUUAUGAAAGAUGUCGGAAAACUAUUGAAGAAUUUAUUAACCAAAUUCUGGAUUGCUGUAGUAGCGAUUAUGCUAUUUACCAGCGGUAUUACUGGCGAACGCAUGACGGUAUUCAGAAUCGUUUACAUGUCGCUGUUUCUCGUCUUCGUCAUCACGUUUCAGAUAUCGUGGAUAGCAUGGAGAAGGAUGAUGUAUGGGUUCUGGUUAACUGUUAUCGGAUAUUCAAUUAUUAUGCUAAUCCUUGUGUACACUUAUCAGUUCGAGAAUUUUCCGAAAUAUUGGGACUAUAUCGGGAUAGAUCAAGAUUUACAACUGGACUUUGGAUUAGAAACAUACGCGACCAAAGAUCUGUUCGUAAGGCUGUUGACACCGACGUUCUUUGUCAUCAUUACAGUGCUUCAGAUCCAUUAUUUCCACAAAGAUUUUCUCGAAGUCACUACCAUUGACAAAAUUGGAUCAGAAAGCCAGUUUAGACGCGCCAGUCUGGGACAUUUUUCUGAUGCAAAUAUUCCGAUAUCCUCACCGACAGAGGAGGUUACACUCACUGAAGACGAAAAAUAUACGAAGUAUACGUUAAAACAAUUAAAACAUAUGUCAAAAUUAGAGAGAAUCGCGCUCUUUCGAAAAGUGACGAAGCAUCUGGUAAACUUUUAUAAUUACGUCUGGCUUUUCCUCGAGAUACAUAUGCAGAAGAUUAUUUUUGUUUCGUUUAUUCUUCUGUGUGUCGACGAUGUAUGCGCUAUAAAUUUCUUUUUCAUCGUUGCUGUAGUCGUUACGAUCAAUUUCAAAAGAAACAUGCAGAUAACAGCAAUUAACGUGAUGGCCUCGAUAAUAUCGAUUCUGAUGGUCACUAAGAUGUUAUAUCAAAUCCAGUAUAUUCAUCACGAGAAUUGGAGUGUCAAUUGCACUAGAAAUGUUAACGAAGAUAAUCAGCAAUACUCGAGCAAUAAUACUGAAUACAACAUAGCCGAAUGGUUCGGAAUGAAGAAAGUGGAUCCGGGAAAAUUGUCUAAUUUGCUGAAAGGUUACAUCGGCAUCGUUACUGUGACGACCUUCAGAAAAAUCAUCAGAGUCCGUCAAUGGUUUUAUCGUCAUAGUAAGGGACAGUCGUUGGAGACUCCUCUAGUGAUGUUCCCAAGUAUUACCAGAGCGGAUGCCGAUAAAGGAGUACCGGAAUGCUUGAAGUUCUUCUUCAACUACGGAUUCUAUAAAUUCGGUCUCGAGAUGUGUCUCAUCGGGAUUGUUACGCUAAUUGGCACCAGACUGGACUUUUAUUCCGUCUUAUACAGUGUCUGGUUGCUCUUGUUAUUCUCGUUGAAGAGAAAAACCGUGGCGCGAAUCUGGCCUUGUUUCAGAGUCUUUGGCAUAAUUCUUUUGCCUGUGCAGUACGCUAUUGUUGUGGCUCCGCCUUCGUGGCUUUGUAUAGAAUAUCCGUGGAGUGAUUCUGAAGUAAUGAGGAGAUUGCAGGAAUGGAUGUAUCUCCCUGAUCCCGAUUUUCCACCGAAUCCCAAGAAACUGAUUUGCGAUUUUAUUUUAUUAAUGAUGAUCGUGCGCCAAAGCCUGGUCUUCCAUAUAGAACAACAGUCCCUGCAAUCCGGUCAAGAUUUCGUGGCCGGUCAUAAUUAUUCCGUUUUCCAAGAUAUGGAGAAACCAAACUUCGUGAAUCCCGUAAAGGAUUACGUGUCGCAUAUACAUUCGUGGUUGGAUAUAUUUAAACGCGGUAGCAUGAUGAGUCUCAUGUGGGUGACUCUGUCAAUUAUGUUCUUGGCUGGAACGAAAAGAACAAAUCUCUUUUCGCUCGGCUACCUCAUAGGAGCAUUUAUAUUUCUCUGGCAAGGAAGCGAUUUUUACUUGAGACCAAUGAAGACCAUCUUGAAAUGGUGGAACUUGCUGAUCGGUUAUAAUGUUAUCGUCAUUUUCUCGAAGGCUUUACUUCAGGGUGUAGGUUGCGUUCUCAUCAAAGAGGUCGAAACUUCAGCCUGUUGGGUGGUGCAACUGCUGGGCAUUGCAUGCUUGAAGAAGUUCAAAAGCGACAUAAUAUUGGAUCCAACCAAGUGUAUUGUUCCAAGUGACGACAUCGGCAUGGUCUGGGACGGACUGUGCUUCAGUUUCCUCUUGCUACAGAAACGACUCUUCAAGAGCUACUACUUCUUCCAUAUAGUCGACGAGACGAAAGCUAUGAGUAUUUUAGCAUCUCGCGGGGCGGAACUACUCGAGGAAUUGAAUCAGAAACGCAUAGAAGUUCAAGAGAAUGUUGAGAAAACUGUUUUAGAAAAACUCAAGUUCAAGAUGGACAAGAUCAAGGCCAAUCAGCAAAAGAUACAAGGACCGUCUUACAAAGAACCGCAGACUCACAAAGUCGAUGAACUCUAUCCGAGAACACGGCCGUUGUACAGAAUUCGUGCGCCGAAGACCAAUAGAGAGGCAAUCAGAUCGGGCGACUAUUACAUGUUCGACGAUCUGGAUGACGACGACGUCACCGAUUUGAUACCCGACAGCGAUACUGAGAAGAGGGAAAAAGAACGACGUCGCGAACAGGAGCAACGGGGAAGAAGAAUGACCGUCUCGGAGUUGAUGAACACGCUGCUUAAGACAGACAUUGAGAUCGCGACGCACGUCGCCAUGUACGGAGGGACCGAAAAGGACGCCCUGAGACUCCGACGUAGAAGCGUACCUUUGACACGGAAGAAAUCGUCCAUGUCCUAUCUGAGCGCACGCUCCGAGACCGACACUGCCAUGGCGACUGAUGGUCCCGAUCGAACGAGUCUCACUUCGGUAGAGAUGGAAACGGAGAAAGAAGCCACAGACUUGGCCAAAUCGCCGGAACUUUCGGACGAAGAAGAAGAAAGAGCGGAAGACAAGAAAAGUGACGAGGAAAAAGAAGAACAGAAAAAAGUUUCGUUUUCCACGUACCUCAAGUUUCUAUUGGUGAUGAUCAACAGCACUCUAAUUUCGAUGACGAAAUAUUUGAAUCGAUUCUCCCACGACUAUAGAUACAUUCGCAAAGUUUUAGCGAAAGAGAAAAAGACUCUCAAGGCAAAAUCAGAUUUUAGAAUGGGAAUGCGAUUAGGCAUCAAUAAAAUGUGGCAGCCAAUACCUCUGAUGCAAGAACGAUCGGCAACAAAUGGCAAUACGGAAGAACCGUUUGAUCCUGGUGAAGGUCCGAGUCAGCCGCGACCGCAAGAAGAAAGCACAUUUUUCUCGCAAGCUUUGGCAGCUCAACAAGACGAUGAGAUCGGUGAGCUCUCGGAGAUGGAUCAACCACCUAUUAUACAGCUGGCUGCGUCUAUCUGGUUCGGAAUCCUAGCGCAUUCCAGUUUGCUCUGUUACUUCAUGGUGUUUCUUCAUCAAAUUAAGAACGCGUCCGUACUUUCAACGCCAUUGCCACUCAUGGUGUUCUUGUGGGGUUCUCUGACCAUUCCGCGACCUUCCAAGACCUUCUGGGUGACGCUAAUCGCAUACAUCGAGGCUAUCGUUAUAGUAAAAUGUAUUUUCCAACUGGAUUUAAUUGGUCAGAAAGUUGCGACAAGCCGUCCGUUAGAACCACGAAAGAUUAUUGGUGUUGAGAAAAGAACCGAUUACGCUCUCUGGGAUUUAUUGCUGUUGCUUAUGUUGUUCUUCCAUAGAUUUAUGCUAAAAUCCUUGGGCCAAUGGACGGCAGCGUCUUUACCGCGAAAGAUCAUUCCUUCUCAGUUAACUGUAGUAUCGAAACCGCCGUCUAGCAAAGAAAAGGAAGAAUCCGAUACGCAAGAAGAAGUCGAUGCUUCGGACGUAAAGACGUCUCAAGAGCAAUCUUCGAGCGUACAUCCAACGGAUAACACAGAUGUUUCAUUGGUGACCGAUGAUAACGAGAAGCUCGUAGUUGUGCAAGGAGAAGAAAUGCAUCCGUAUACCGAGUCAUUUUCGAAAGCAAUGGAUAUGACUGUCAAUAAGUAUUGUGAACCGAUGAAGACUUUCUUUAUAAAAAUUAUCAAUCCAGCUGGCAAGGAGAAAACAAAUGUUUACGCCUACAUGUUUCUUUGUGACUUUUUCAACUUUCUUCUGCUCAUCUUCGGAUUUUCGGCGUUUGGAACUCAACAAGGCGACGGUGGAGUAACGGCUUAUUUGCAAGAAAAUCGAGUUCCCAUGCCUUUCCUGUUGAUGUUGCUAUUGCAGUUUGCUCUUAUAGUUAUCGACAGAGCCCUUUUUCUCCGAAAAUCUAUGGUGGGAAAAUUAAUUUUUCAAUACUGCUUGGUAUUCGGUGUACAUCUUUGGAUGUUCUUCAUUUUACCGAGCGUGACAGAGACACAAUUCAACAAUAAUCUUCCGCCGCAAAUAUGGUACAUGGUAAAAUGCUUCUAUCUUUUGUUGGCCGCUUACCAAUUGCGACAAGGUUACCCAACACGAAUACUGGGUAACUUCCUCUGUAAGAAAUACAGCAUCGUGAAUUAUGUUUUAUUUAAAGGAUUUAUGCUGGUGCCCUUCCUUUUCGAACUUCGCGCAGUGAUGGAUUGGAUUUGGACUGACACAUCCAUGACUAUAAUGGACUGGUUUAAAAUGGAAGAUAUCUUCGCUAGUAUUUAUCAGAUCAAAUGCAUGCGUGGAGUCGAAUCAGACUUUCCGCAACCGCGGGGAGAAAAGAAGAAACAAUUGAGCAAAUACAUGGUAGGCGGAAUCGCUUUGCUCUUCAUAAUCGGUUUGAUCUGGUUUCCUUUGCUUCUUUUUGCACUCGGCAGUACGGUCGGCAAAUCGAAUUUGCCGUUUGACGUAUCUAUGAAAAUACGAAUCGGCCCGUAUGAGCCUAUUUACUCUAUGUCGGCUCAAGGCAGUUCUAUUAUUCAAUACACUGAAGAGGAUUACAAACGUCUCACAAACAUACCAAUUUACACGAUAGACAAAUCAACGGUUACUUUCUUCGAGAAUUAUGUCCAUUCUGACGUAGCUGCAGUGAGAUUCAGUGGCUUCUCAAGAAAACUUUGGGCUAUUUCUCCACCCGACAGAGAUAGAUUGAAAACCGAAUUAAUUUCCAAUACCACAACAGUAAUUAUACAUGUGGAGUGGACAGUUUCAAGAAAAACAGAUGCCAAAGACGCAUCCGGAAUUACCACGACGGUUCGUGACAUAAAAUUGCCACCAUACGAAAACGGGGUAUUCAACCCUGUGAGGCAAACAUUGGCGGACAUGUUAGGCGACAGUCCGAAUGCGGCAAAUGCAACCAUAGUGUUAAAACACGCUUUUCCGAAAUUCCUCAAAGUCACCGCCAGAACCACCAGUAUUGUUUCGCAGUUGAUGGAAUCGCAGCGUGAGAAUUCGCAACCGCAAGCCGACAACGAUGACGAAAACGACGACAAAAGUUAUCUCUAUAGAAAUCUCACUAUUCACUUGUCUGUGGACAGAGAAUGUUGUGCCCAUCAACAGUGGUGGAUAGUUCGCGAAGUGUGCACGGACGAAUUUUACGAGAAAGUCUUGUCCAUAGUGCCACUGAACGAUUGCAAAUACGUUAUGAUGUUCCUCUUCAACGAUAAGGCUUUCCCUGAAGGUUUAAGCUUCCUUAGUGGAUUCGGGAUUUUGGGUUUGUACACUACGGCGGUGAUAGUCAUAAGUCAGAUGAUGCGAAAGAUCGUCAGCGAUAUGGCGCCCAAAAUCAUGUUCGACGACUUGCCUUACGUGGACAGAAUACUUCGGCUCUGCUUAGACAUUUACCUGGUACGCGAAAGUGGCGACUUGUGCCUCGAAGAAGAUCUGUUCGCCAAAUUGAUCUUCCUCUACAGAUCGCCGGAAACAUUGAUCAGGUGGACGAGACCGCCCGAAGAAGGUGAGCGAACUGAUAACGAGGAUCAGGACGAAGAAGAGGGAGAAACGGAGCGAGAAGAGAGACAACGAAUAGAACAAUCUCGUCGUGACUGAGUCGUUGAGAAAACGAAAAAUUUUUCAUAAAUGUUUCGCACACGUUGCAAACAUUUACAACAUAUGGAUAGUUUUCCUUUUCAUAAUCAAGAAAAGACAGGAGUUUUAUAACUAAAGUCAUUUGCGGAAAUAUAUCAUCAAAAAAAGGCGAAUUUAGAUUGUUUUAGAUUGCGCGAAAAACUAAACAGUUUUAUGAAGAUCAGAUUUAAACCUGUCUAUUGAUAAAAAAAACUUAUGUCGUUUACAAAUGUUUGCGUGUAUUGCUCUCUUUUAUUAAUAUAUUAUUUCAUUGUUUUUUUCUUGAGAAAGAGAAGCAUUGUUUAGAGCGCACAUACUUAGAAGAAUUCAAAUAAAAAUUCAACUCCCAGGCUUUUGCAUUAAAAAUAUUUCCAUUCAAGUUUCGAGAUUUUUAAUUUUGUGAAAACUCUUUCCAGUAGAUUUCAUAAACUUUCUGCGCCGUGUUAGAUUAUUAAAAAAAAAAAACAUAAUGUGUGUUAAUAUAUGCGGAAAAUAAUAUCGCUUAUUAUAAAGUUUAACUUUUAAAUACGAUACACAAAUGUGUGUGUGACGUGAGAAAAAUCUUGCAAAUAUUAUACAUAAGUUAUCAAGCGUUUUAAUAAGACAAUUUUGUCUCGCAGAAAAAUCUCAGGAAAACUCGGCAUAAAUUUAUUCUGUUAUAAACAUUAAUGAAAACUGUUUUCCUAUUGCAGAAAUAUAGAAUAUAUAUCAGAGUAAUUUAUAUAUAUUGUGAAUGUUCUACACAUAAAAAAUAAUAUAUAUUUAG